GUUCCAAAAACAACAACUAACAAUUGUCGGGAGAAAAAAGUGAAAAUGGAAGAGGUGGAUCUGGACCGUAGUGGGCUAAUGGGAGCCGCAGUAGAGCCAGCCGGCCAUACAGCUAAUUCAGUAACACCAGCAAAUAGCCUAAAAACGGUGGAAGGUAAAAAGAAUUCGGAUCGAAUCAGUUGUUCGAAAAUUUCCGCACUUCUUCUGUUUUUGAUCGUUGUGGCCGCUAUAAUACUUACUGCAUUUGUAACCUAUUGGAUAACCAAAGGAAUCUAUGAUCAUUCGUCCGAAUUUCACCCGUUCACUGCUGAUGAGCUCUACGAAACGACUACAGUUUCACAAAAGGAACAAUACAUUGAUGAGGGUGACGGCGAUCAACCAACAGCUGCUGAACUUCGGCUUCCGCGAACAUUAUUCCCCAUUUGGUACAAUGUUACAUUUAAAACUUAUCUGCCCGGAUAUGUCGAUAUUGAAGCGGAGAAAAACUUGACAUUUGAAGCGGCAAUGAUAAUGAAGUUCCGUGCCGAAGAAACUACAGAUAAAAUUGUGCUCAACUCAUUAAAACUAACAUUUCCACAGCCUAGCAAGAUCAAAAUUACUAAGGAUAUUCGUAAAGAUGCCCAGGACGAAGGACACGAAACUGAAAUAUCUGGAAAUAUAAGUAGAAGGGGCAUUCCACUGCACAAAAGAAACGAAGAAGAAGUUACGACAUCUGCGUCUGUUUUGGCAGAAGAAAGCGAAAAAAAACACCCGAAAUUAGAUACUGAGAAAGGACAAAAGUCAGAAGAGGGUCGAACGGCUGCGCAUGCUCAGGUAAAGAGCGUAAUUGUCAAUGAAACUGUCGAAAUGGUUACUCUCGAGUUAACCGACACUCUAAAAAAGGGCGAAACAUACUAUAUUGUGAUAUAUUAUUCUGGUCCUAUAGAUAAAAAGUUGGCGGGUUUGUAUCUCAGCAGAUAUUAUGAUGAAAACGGAAAAGAAAGGUUGUUGGCAGCCACUCAGAUGGAACCAACUGAUGCUAGACGGAUGGUACCCUGCUUUGAUGAGCCUGACUUUAAGGCAGUGUGGAAGAUACGCGUUAUUCAUCCGAAGGGCACUAGAGCCAUAUCAAACGGAUUGGAAAUCAAAAAUGCUGUUCCAACCGACAAACCAGACUGGGUAUUAACCUCAUUUCAAGAAUCGCUGCCGAUGUCCUCGUACCUUGUCGCUGUUCUAGUUUCUGACUUUGAGUACAAAGAAGGAAAAUCGUCACGGGGAACUCGGUUCCGAAUAUGGGCGCGUAGAGAGGCCAUAAAUCAAACGGGUUAUGCUCUCGAUUCGGGAAUUAAAGCUAUGGAAUUCUAUGAAAAUUACUACGGCAUACCUUUCCCGUUACAAAAACAAGAUUUGGUAGCAUUACCGGAUUUCGCAGCCGGUGCGAUGGAAAACUGGGGAUUAAUUACUUAUCGAGAAAGGGCUCUACUUUAUGACGAGAAGCUUUAUACUCCCUACAAUAAAGUUCGAGUGGCUCUUGUUAUUGCUCAUGAGCUUUCUCAUCAGUGGUUUGGAAAUCUAGUGACUAUGAAAUGGUGGAAUGAUCUGUGGCUCAAUGAAGGUUUUGCAACGUUUAUGGAGUACAAAGGAGCAGAUGCUAUCAGCAAAGGCGACUUUAGAAUGAACGAAUACUUCCUUCUUGAUGCAGUAGAAAAUGCAAUGCAUCGAGAUGCUCGAGCAUCAUCACACCCACUAAUAUUCAAUAUCGCCAAAGCUGAAGAUGUCAGCGAAGCCUUCGAUGAUAUCUCAUAUGAUAAGGGGGCUUCGAUAAUCAAUAUGGUUCAAAAUGUUAUGGGACAAGAAAACUUUAGGAAGGGUCUUAAUGUUUAUCUGGAAAGUCAUAAGUACGGCAAUGCGGUUCAUAAAGAUUUGUGGAAAUCCUUAAACGAAGCCGUUCCUGACACGAUUUCAGGCUGGGACGGCAAUAAGCUUGACAUUGAUGAUUUUGCGUCAAAAUGGACUGAACAGAUGGGAUACCCAGUGGUCGAAAUGCGAAGGAUUGACGAAGACAAGAUUGAACUGCACCAAAGAAGAUUCAAAUGGGACGACAACUCUUUAGAAAAGGAAAAGUACCGCAAUGCAAAAUACUGGUAUAAAUACGAUAUUCCAAUUUGGUACAAUAUAGAUGGCGAAGAAAAACCAAUGACCUGGCUUCACGAAGCUGUCAGUCUAAAUGUGAAACGAGAACAGCUACUUGUUAUCAAUAGUGAAUCUCGAGGAUUUUAUCGUGUUAACUACAAUAAGGAGUGCUGGGAAAAAAUCAUUGAGCAACUACUGAAAAACCAUACAGCAAUCGAUAGCAGAUCUCGAGCUCGAAUUGUUGACGAUUCAUUUGCAUUAGCUGAAGCAGGACAUCUUCCUUACCAAGUUGCUCUAAAUGUCACACAGUACCUUAAAAAGGAAACAGAACUCUUACCUUGGGCUCUGGCCUUAACCAGUUUUUCAACAAUUCUUGUCAACUUUGGUGACGAACCUCAAGUGCGACACGUUCGGGAUACUCAAAGCUGUAACCUGCAUUUUUAUAAAAAAGAAGAACGUUGUUCAAUGCUUUCUGUUCUGCUAAUGAAUUCAAAGCUUUUUAGCGAACUUGAAAUCGGUCUCAUUCGCCGGUUAUGUAACAUACGGAACCUGAACUGCACUGAAAGACUUCAAAAGCUGUUCCAAACGGAUUUGGUUGAGGCGUGUCAAAACACAACUGCUCUGGCCAGUGAAUGCAGCAGGGUUCCUGUCCCAGUUCGGUCUCUGGCUUACUGUGAAGGAGUCAAAGUGGGUGCAGAAAGGACUUACAGUCUAAUGCUUAAAUUGUAUAUGAAAGAACGGGUUCAAGUGGAAAAAGAAAGAAUUCUGGCAGCGCUUACGUGUUCCAGAGACCCGUACACUUUAAAAACACUUAUGGAAUUCGCUUCAAACCUGAAUGACACUACUGUUAGAUUACAAGAUGCACCUAGUGUGUUUUCGAACGUAGCUGUCGGUACUGUUGGUGAUAAAAUCAUCUUCGACUAUUUCCAGGACAACUGGCUUAGGCUGUACAACGAUAUGAAAGACCAGCAAACUCUAUUGAGGCGUAUCAUCUCAGCGUCACUGGAUUUGAGGAAUGAGCGUAAAAUUGCUGAGUUGGAAGCUUUUAUUAAAAAACACAAGAGCCAUGCAAAGAAACUGGAUAUAUUCAACAUAAAAUUGGAAGCAUCUCGAACUAAUAAAUUGUGGAUGGAUCGCAAUUUCAACGCUUUAACUGAGUGGUUUAAACGACACAAUGAAUUGAGGGAGAGUUCCGAGAGCUCGCAGUCUUAA